AUGUCUGCACAAUCAAGUCUGGUAGACUUGGGUGCGGUCACUGACGCAAACCAGAGCUCCACCUCAUCACCGAAGACGAUGUCACUUGUUCCCAAAUCCCUAGUUGAAAAGCGGUCAACCGCCAACGGCGGCCUCGUCAAAAACAAUGGGCCUCCCUUCAGUCACGGUACACUACCCGGAACUGCAGCUGCCACCAUCGCUACCUCCACUUUACCCGGUUCGGCCACUAAAAACGUCAACAACACCAGCCUUCCUCAUCAUUCCUACCCAAGGCAACCGGGACUAGGCAAUGGGUCGGCGCUUGGUGUGAUGAGUCUUCACAGGAUACAGCGAUCAGGCCUCCUUCCCAACAUUCCAUCCAGCAGUAACCCCAGUGGGGGCAAAAUGGCGCAGGUUGUGGCACAGACACAGAGCAACGCUGUUGGCAGCGGCGGCAGCAUCACUCCCAGUGGCAAUACUUCACGAUCCCUGCCCAUUUAUACCGCUGCGGUGAUACAAGACACAGGCCAUGAAAAUAUGAAUUCACCGCAGGCCCACAGAUCCGCCGAACCUCAGAUUACACACUAUGCCGCGGUGCGACGCCAAGAUGCAGGCUCUGUCUGCAGCGGAGGCGUCACCGGAACUGGUAAUGGAGGUGCAGGAGGAGGAGGUGGAUUUACUAAACAGCCGGGCCAAGCGAACGCCUUUACGCUGAUUGCUUAUCAGCCCCAGGGCGCACAGACAGGAACCGAUGCACACAAGAAGCAACAGACGCCGACCGUGCUGUAUGCGAUUCCAGCCAACCAGUCUCUGCAGCACCACCAUGCGCACCAAUUGCACCAGCACGUUAUUCAGACCUCCACCGGACCAAUGAUUGUCCACUCCGCACAAUUGGCCAACCUACAAAGACAGCAGGGGAUCGCCGCCGGGCUAAUUAGUCAGGCCCCCGGGCAGGCUCAGGGGAAGAUACUUGGACUAGUUCAGACUGCGCCGCUCACCACGCCUUCAACGAAUUCUACGCCUCCCCCGACAGCCUGCGAGGGAACACUGGGGCAAAGAGCCCCCGCGGGAGAGACUGCAAAAACGACUGGAAGAACUAGCGAACUGGUCUGUACGUGUCCCCCGGAGCUGCAUCAAGAGGACCCGGGUCUGCUGUCUCGGCUGGCAGUGGCCGCGGGCGAAGCCCGGACCGAUAUGGACUGCGUCCAAUCACACGCCUGA